ACAGAUCCUACCCGCCCUGAUUAAAAGAUACAGAGAAUCUGAGAUCCUCUCUGUAUAUAAUUUGUGACACAUUCUCCGGUUCGAUCGACGAUCGUGGUCACAUAUACAAACUCCGAUCAAAGUCAGGAGCUUUUGUAUCUUUUUCCAAUUCAAUUCACUUGGGAACCAUGAUACCACUCAGAAAACCACUUCCCCACCUCCUCUUCAAACCCAAUUUCAAAUCUUCAUCACUCCAAGCACUUGUUUCAUACUCAAAAAAAUCUGAAACAAGCAGUACCCAGAUAUCAAAUUCACCAAAACAAGCAAACCCCAUAUUCAAAAUCGCACCUUUUGAUCCUAUUUCACCAGCAUUCCUUCAAACCGGGUUAGUGUUGUCAUAUGCUGGUUCUAAAUCCUGUUUUAACAAUGAUGCUCAUGUUAUCGAUACCCACUCGCCUAAAUCUCCAAAGCAAGAAAAAUCAGUUUCUAGAGCCACCAAAUAUGGUCCAAUUUUAUACAGACUAAUACCAAACAGGCCAUUGUCAACUGCAAAUUCUGACCCGUCACGUUCCAAACCAUUGGAUUCUGCGUCAAUCCCAGCUGUUUCCGCCGUAACUUCACCAUAUGAUAGUUCACAGCCAAUUGAUGCAGGCUCUUCAAUCCGAAAACCGAUCAGUUUAUGGCCCGGAAUGUACCAUUCACCUGUAACAAAUGCUCUCUGGGAAGCAAGAUCAAAAAUGUAUGAGAAACUCGGGGACACGCCAAUUGACGCUCCUUCACAGAGUGAAUUGGUGGCGAGAACUCCGGCGCAGAGCCGGACUAGUAUUCUCUACAAGUUUUCAUCUGAUUAUAAACUCAGAGAGCAGUACAGGAACCCUUGGAAUGAGAUCAGGAUGGGGAAGUUGGUUGAGGAUCUCGAUGCUCUUGCCGGAACCAUUGCAUACAAGCACUGCUGCAAUGAAGAUGGCGCAACGAGGCCUCUACUAUUGGUGACUGCUUCUGUUGACAAGAUGGUUCUGAAAAAACCUAUCCGUGUUGACACUGAUUUGAAUCUAGGUGGUGCUGUUGCAUGGGUGGGGAAAUCAUCCAUGGAGAUUCAACUGGAAGUCACUCAAUCCAUGCAUGGAACCCCACACCCAUCAGAGUCCAUUGCUCUUAUAGCAAACUUCACAUUUGUGGCCCGUGAUUCUGAGACUGGAAAAUCUGCUCCGGUUAACCAAAUCUCACCUGAGACUGAAAAGGAAAAAUUGCUUUGGGAAGAGGCAGAUAAGAGGAACAAAAUGAGGAAAAAUAAGAGAGGAGCACAUAAAACAGAUAUUGAAAACCAAGACGCAAACAGAUUCAAUGCCUUGUUAGCCGAAGGUCGAGUUUUCUGCGACAUGCCAGCACUGGCAGACCGAGAUAGCAUUCUUAUUAGGGAUACGUGCCUGGAGAACUCCUUUAUUUGCCAGCCACAGCAAAGGAACAUCCAUGGUCGGAUCUUUGGAGGAUUUUUAAUGCGAAGAGCAUUUGAACUGGCCUUCUCAACAACGUAUGCAUUUGCUGGUGUAGCACCACACUUUCUAGAAGUUGAUCAUGUUGAUUUUGUUAGACCUGUGGAUGUAGGAAACUUCCUACGUUUGAAGUCGUGUGUUCUCUAUACAGAACUUGGGAACCCAGCUGAACCUCUGAUAAACGUGGAAGUCGUUGCUCAUGUGACACAGCCUGAGCUUAGGUCCAGUGAGGUAUCAAACAAAUUCUAUUUCACAUUCUCUGCCCCUCCUGAAGCCAUGAAAGAUGGGAUCCGGAUUCGGAAUGUUGUUCCUGCUACAGUAGAGGAAGCACGCCGGGUGAUUGAACGUAUGGAUGCUGAAGAGAAAUCCCAGUUUGUUGCAUCGUGAACGUGCAAGGAGGCAAGGCAAGCAUCAGUGAAAAUCAAACAGCUCUAGACUGUAAUCAAGUAAUGUCUUUUUUUCUUUUUGGGCGGGGUUCAAAAGCAAUGUCAUUCUUGUGUAUACUUGGGGAGGGCAACAAAUUGUUUGGCAAAUUUUGUAUAUUUUGAAAACCUUGUAGCUCCAUCCAGUUUUAUUUGUUUCUAUAAAUAGAGCCUUCCAAUAAAUAAAUAAAUGGGCUAUCACAUCAAGUGAUGUAAUAAUUAUGAGGAAUGCUACACUUACCAUAUUUU